AUGUUUCGCCUCGUCUCUUUUUCAACCAUUUUUGUGUCCGUGUUCUAUGGACACGAGGCAGUAAGUGCUGCCGUAACCGGAACAGCAGUAAGGCUUGAUUGCUUCGCGGACAUGAACGAGGUGAGGGAAGCUGCGGGGCUCGCACCGUUUGGGAACGCAACUAUUGAAGAACAAGUGCUGCCGGAGCACUCUGCUCAGACAAGAGCGAUAACCGCUGCAACUUUGUGGACCGAAAUCUGCAAAAAAAUGGCGGGUACUGAAGUCCAAAGCACCGAAGCCAAAAAGCUACAGGGAACGUUCGCCUACUACCCCGACGGAAAAGACUGCAAGGCGGCGGUGCAGUACUGGAAGGAAGGGUUUUCUCUCUUCAAAAACGAGCUGCCUCCAACGUACACAACGUCGGAUACUCCUGAGGUGUACAGCGACAGAGCCGUUUCCUUUGUCGCUCUCUACAACCCUCAGUCGAGUCCUCUAGCCAGCUGCGCCCUCGUUACCUGCACAGAAGCAGCUGCGUUUGCUGCCACAGACGUGUUAAAAAGCCAUGAUGGGAGCUCAACAAGAAGACUUCAAGGUGAAGAGGAUCCUACUACUGCUAGGACUGCCGUUAUCUGUCUGACGAACCCUAAGGCACUGACGGAUGGAGAAGCGCCAUUCAAGGAAGAGGUGUGGCAGAAGAUUGUUCAAGCUUUAGUUGGUACUGAGGAGAGCAACGGAGUUUCUCCAGUCAGGCCGUCAUUGGCAGUUGGGUUCAUACUGAUGCUCUUUGCCACCGGGCUUUUUUAA